AUGAACCAACAGCAGCAAUACCAGCAACCGUCGAGGCGGACAGACGCCUACUCGUCGCAACACGACGAACUCCACCUGCCCUCGUCAUCCAGCAUGGCCCACCAAGGCCAACAUCCCCUUCAACAGCAGCAGCAGCAGCUUCCCACCCGCCAAUAUUCCUCUGGGCCCGGCGUUCCUCCCCAUAUCAAGCUCGAGCAGUCCCCAAAUCCUCAGCAGCAUCACCACCAAAGCGCCGGUGUAGUGCCCAACGUGCUACAGCCGGGCGGGCUGCAAACCAGACCUCCUGUCAUCUCGUCAAAUACCGCUCCGGUCCUGCCUACCAUGCAGCAACAGCAGCCACCAGACUAUCAGCCUCAUCAAACACCAACAAAAUCCAACUCGAUGAACCUGUCGCAUAAUUACCCGCGAUCCAGCCCCGCCGCUCCCUACGAGGGCGGGUCCGGCUACUCUGCCUACGCUCCCAACACUCCUGGCGGUGCCGGGAGCUCUUCGCAGUACAUGUCGCCAACCGAUUCAAAAUACAGCCAGUCCUCGGGCUCCCAGCGCAUCCCCUCCAAUGCGCCCCUUGGUCUCGCUGACAUACGGCCCCGCGCUGACUCGAGUCUUUCCGAUGGCAUCCCCGGGACCACCUCCUACGAGCAUGCAAACACUCAGUCACGUACCAGCAACUACAUGGCCCCAUGGGCUCUCUAUGCGUUCGACUGGUGCAAAUGGGCUCCCCAGGGAAACAGUGCUGGGAAAGUAGCUAUUGGGAGUUAUUUGGAAGAUGGGCACAACUACAUUCAAAUUCUCGACGCUCAAGUAUCUCCCACACCGUCUGACGUCUACUCGCCCGCCGGGUCGAGGUAUACAAUGGACUUUACUAGAAUCGCCGAAGCAACUCACUCCUAUCCCGUCACACGUCUCCUGUGGGAGCCUCCAUCGUCACAAAAACAGUCAACCGAUCUUUUGGCCACAUCCGGCGACCACCUCCGCCUUUGGUCUCUUCCUUCCGAUCCUCAAGUUCAGACUCCUGGCUCCUCGAUAACGUCAAGAAACGGCCGUGACAUGCCGAUUACGAAACUCACCCCCUUGGCUUUGCUCUCCAAUUCCAAGACACCCGACCACACAGCACCCCUGACCUCGCUCGACUGGAACACCGUGACCCCCAGCUUAAUUAUCACGUCCAGCAUCGACACUACCUGUACCAUCUGGGAUAUUCCAUCCCUCACGGCCAAAACUCAGUUAAUCGCCCACGACAAGGAAGUCUACGACGUCCGUUUUUGCGCCAACAGUGUGGACGUCUUUGUGAGCUGUGGUCAGGACGGCAGCGUGAGAAUGUUUGAUCUGAGGAGUCUGGAGCACAGCACCAUUAUUUACGAGCCAACCGGAAAGGAAGAAAGAGACGCCAACGGAGGUCGCAUCUCCCCCACACUUGCCCAGCAAACAAUGUCCCACCCUCCUCCCCUCCUCCGACUGGCCACCUCCCCCCACGACCAGCACCUCCUCGCCACCUUUGCCCAAGACAGCAACGUAAUACGCAUCCUCGACGUGCGCCAGCCAGGCCAGGCCCUCCUCGAGCUCCGCGGCCACGGCGGCGCGCUCAACUGCGUCGAGUGGUCCCCUCUGAGGAGAGGAACCUUGGCCUCGGGAGGUGACGACUGCCAGGUGUUGAUCUGGGACUUGCUGAACAACAACAACACGUCCAACGCGGCCACAAUCUCCACCAACGGAGCUGCCCCGCCAACGGGCGCUCAGGCUGCUGCAAGCACUGAUAAUGUCAGGAGUCCGGUUGCUGCUUGGCAGUGCGAGUACGAGGUGGGCAAUCUGGGGUGGGUGCCGCACUUGGCUGGGGGGGAGUAUGGGGAUUGGUUGGGUGUCAGCGCCGGGAGGGGGGUUUGGGGUGUGAAGUUGGGAUGA